AUGGUGACUUGCGAGAACCAGAGCGGCGCUCUGGGCGGGUUCCGCCUGGGGCGCGAAGAUGAGCCGAGGCGUGCGCGCGCUCCGUCCAUCUCGUCGCUCUCCUACAAACAGAAGAUCGACGCGCUUUUUGACGACACGCGGUCUGUCACAAGCCAGUACACACCGAGCUUAAACCAUGAACUUGAAAGAAGGGAUAAGAAUGAAUCUACGCCAGACAGUAAAGUCACAGUCUACGAAGAUGACGACGGCUACUGCCAGAGUAAACUUAACAGAAUUAACAACACGGUACAGGACAGGAUAGAACGGAUGUUCGCAGACAUGGCAGGCGAGUCCAAACAACCGAUUGAAAACAUCGGAGUGCAUAUAUUUAAUGUGCACUAUCUUGGAUCAACUCCCCUGCACAGCAAAGUCACUAGUCUUGCAGGCCUCCAAGUACCCCUCAGGGACCUGUACUUCAACUACAGAAGAAACUACCGCCAUAAAAAUGCCUUUAGCGGCAGACUAGAAAUAUCCAAGAGCGGUCUAAAAGUGAGAUAUAAAGGGGAGAAAGGUGAUUUAGAGCAACAAAAUCCCUUCCCCACAAUAGCAGUGUGGUCAGCCGUGAAAUUCAUCGUUCAACCAGUAGAUAUGGACGAUCGCGAAUUAUGCUACGCCUUCCUGCCUCUUAUAACAGAUCCCGAUAAUAUUGAUCGACAAGCCCUAUUUCAAAAUUUAGAGUCAACAGACAAUAAGUACAUCCUCUCCCACAACGAAAACAUGCAUUCACCCAUUUUCGCUGUUGUGAUGAGGAAGAUUGGCGUCGCGAAGCAAUUAGAGUGUCAUGGAUUUGUAUGUCAAACGACUGAGGACGCUAUCGUGAUAGCGGCUACGUUAUACAAAUCGCUGAUGGCGCACAUGAGCCGCCAGGGCCACAGUGAUCAGAAGAAGCUAAAGAGUCGAAACGGAGUGAGCUGCAUGAGCGUUGGUAGCAGUAUGUCGCCCCACGAGAUACCCGUCAGGCCACCACGAAAGAAACGUAGUUCGUCUUCACAUAGCGGCGACAGUGAUAGAGCGGAUGGGUUCUCUGCCAGCGAAUCGUUUUGCGAGAAACCUAAACUAGAAAGAACAAAGAAUGUUUCAUCAGAGAACCUACUACAAGCGCCCCCACUUCAGUCAGUUCAUCCCGCCGAUAUUAAAAGAAUCACAGUUGAAGAAGUUAAAGCCAAACUGGAUUCUAUCAAGAAUAUUGACACAAGUGGUAGCGAUACUCAAGGCUCCAAGAAGUCCUCGAAAAAGUCCCAAAGUCCUAGCAUUCGACAAAUCCCGAAUGUGAAGAAACUUCAAAGCAGUACUGAAUCAUCGGUACGCAGUAAGGUAUCAGAGAAAAUUGAGCUUUUCAGAGCCUUAGAGCGACGGAAAACUUUACAGAGACCACCGACUCUGCCACCGCCUAUACCUUUAAAGAAGCCGUUGGAAGUUCCACCGGACCCUCCGACGAAAGAGCCUCUGAGAAGGACUCAAAGUGGGCGAAAGUCGAUAACUGAAUCUGGUGACAUAUUAACUAAAGUGGCCAUUCCUCGCUCGGGCAGCUUUUUAAAUGCCGGCGGACUGACGAGGUACAAGUCGAUUGGACACCGAAACAACGGUAAGAAAGGAGGCGGGUCGCCAUUGGGGUUCAAUGAACUUUUUAAUGAAUUCAAAGUUCAGGAGAACUUGCAUUCGAUGGACGAGAUUCUCAACGCCAUAAUAGAUGCUGAAGGGAUGUCUUUCAAUGAUUUGAAACCGAUAUACAAAGAGUUUCUUUUGAAACUUGCUGUCACACUGACGAAAGAUGAGUUAUUUCAGCAUAGCAAAGCGAUAAUGAAGAAGCAGAAGAAAAAAAUAUUAAGAAAAAAUAGUUUAUUUCAAAAUAAAAGAAGAAAAAUAUUUAAAGGGGCUAGUGGUCUACGAACAGUCUUCAGGAUACCAUUUGGAAAAGAUUUAAGAAGAAGAGACAACAAUACUACUAGUACUUCAGAUCUACAAGAACCUAAGAAUCCUAUUUCUGAAAGCUCAGUUUCAACGUCCAGCUACGACAUGCGGCAAUUUCGCCCCAAAGAACCAAUAUUACCACUAACAAAGCGACAAACGACACGACAAAGGCAUUCGAAUCGUUCAGAUAAAGUUGUGCAGGUGUCAAAACGAUCUGGGAAGCCAAGACAAGGCGAGAGAACAUCUGCUUCAGAAGAUUCGGACUUUUUGACGUUAAGUAAUCGGUUAGGAUGUCAGAACAGGAAUAGUUCUAGUGGAUAUGUGUCAUGUUCCGAAUGUGAGUCUGAGAGCUGCAUUGAUAGAUGUUACUGCUCUCUCAAGGAUGAUUGCAAGAACAAGUGCUAUUGCUCUGCGUUGGAAACACAAGCCCUGAGCUCAAGCUCCAAGUCAAAGCUUCUAAAUAAAAGCAAGAGUUGCAAAGACUGUUCUAGGGAAUACUAUGAUGGGGAUUUCAGCUACUGCUCUUGUGACUCAGAAAGUUGUGCUGACAGCAACAAAUGCUACUGUACCGGACCUAGACGGAUACAGGCAUCACACAGUAUGGAGUAUCUCAGAAGCCCUUCCAAGGCCUACUCGGAUAGGAUGAAGAGGGCGUUUGAUGAUGACAAGAGUGGAAGAACAAGCCGAUGGGGUGGUCGUCGGCGAUCGGAUCUUGUACGUCGUGCUCGCAGCAGCGACAGCACUGCUCUCGACUACGAGUUAUUACUACAGAAUAAACCAAGAACAAGGAAUAUGCAGCGGCUUACUGAUGUUACUUACCCAGUGUGCAGUACGGGUGCCGGGUCGCAGGAAGCCCUGAGCGUGAAGAAGUCUGCGGAGAUGGCGGCGCUGUUCGCUGACGUGCGCCUGUCGCAGCGCACCGACGUGCGCGCGCUGGCGCUCGGCGCGCGCCUCCCCCCCACCGCGCGCCUCCCCCCCACCUCGCUCUUCGCUCACGCGUCUCUCAGCAGGAACGCGAGCCUCGAGGACACGCUCGGCUACCUACCCUAG